UUUUGUUUACUUGCAGACGCGCCAAUAAUUGCAGAGUAGUACAAAAAAAAUUAUGUCGGAAAGCGAAAUUGUAGAACAGGAUUUAAAUGAGCGUGACUUGAGUGCUGAGGCUGCUUUAGCCAAUGCCUAUGAAGAGGAUGACGACGAUGAGGAUGCAGAAUCAAUAACCGCACAAAAGGUUUUGGAAAUACUGGAGACCGCUUGGACAAAUGAAAUUUAUGCACCGGAAUUACUGCAGCAUCAGACGGACAUGCUUGAAUUGAUGCUUUCACAGGUGGCACACAUGGAGGAACAAAUGAAGGAUCUGGACAAGAACGACUUUCGCUUUGUGGUGCAUCAAAUGGAGCUGGAACGCAUUCGCUAUAUUAUGGCCAGUUACUUGAGAUGCCGCCUGCAAAAGAUCGAGACCUACACCCAGCACAUACUCAAUCAGGAUGCGGCACAUGAUGCUGCUGACAAGCGAUUGUCCCCGGAGGAGGCGAAAUACGCCCAGGACAUUGCCGGGCAUGUGGAUGAGUACUUCAACAAAGUGGCCACUCAGUAUAUGCCCAACCAGCAGCGUGGAGAAGCAGAGCAACGCAUUGUCACACCCAAUCUCAUGAGCCAUGUCUUUCUGAAAGCGAAUAUUGCAGUGUCUGGCGUUAUCGUGGGAGUUGACGAUGAGGAGGUGGAUCUGACGCCUGGCUCUCAGCAUAUAAUACCCUAUCAGUUGGUGGCCGAUUUAAUUCAAAAAAAUCAAGCGCAGCUCAUUUAAACAACUCAAUAAAUACACACAUUUUAAAUUUA